AUGAAAGCUGUAUCAGCGGUUUUUAUUUGGUUAGUUGUCGCCGUAGCUGCAUACGAUGAUCAGUGCCCACCGGAACAGGAGCAUGACUGGUCUAUAGAAAAGCUACUUCGGCAUGAGGAUUGUAAUAAAUUCUACAAGUGUACCUAUGGAGUACCCGUAGAAAUGACAUGUCCUCAUGAUCUAUUUUUCAAUCUGGAAACUUGGCAAUGUGAUUGGCAAGAAAAUGUGAAUUGCACGGGUAGAGUUAUUCCGGAUGAAUUUACUACUACCACAAGAGAGCCAGCACCAACAACAACGACAACCACCACGCCAGCUCCAACAACAACGACAACCACCACGCCAGCUCCAACAACAACGACAACCACCACGCCAGCACCAACAACAACGACAACCACCACGCCAGCACCAACAACAACGACUACCACCACGCCAGCACCAACAACAACGACAACCACAACCCCAGCGCCCACAACAACAACCACAACGACGACCACUACUACACCAGCUCCUACAACAACAACUACUACAACAACGACACCGGCACCUACAACAACGACAACUACCACACCGGCACCCACAACAACAACUACUACAACAACAACGACACCGGCACCUACAACAACGACAACGACAACUACCACACCGGCACCCACAACAACUACUACUACAACACCAGCACCUACAACAACCACUACGACGACACAGGCACCAACAACGUCGUCCACAACACAGGGACCAACUACGCCAGAUUUCAAUUCCAACGGUUGUCCAGUUAAUCCACAUAUUCACUGGCUGCUUCCACAUGAAGAGUAUUGUAAUCUUUUCUACUACUGUGUUUGGGGUGAAAAAGUAUUAAGGCAGUGUCCAAUUACUACGCAUUUCAACAGAAUUCUCCAGGUUUGUGAUUGGCCCUACAGAGCCGGAUGUGUCAAUUCUUCCAGCAACCACAUGGAAAGUAGAAGCAUUUUGGCGGCCAUGAAA